AGUCCAGCAGAACAGUCUACGGGCGACAAAAAGGAGUGUAAUUUAAUUGAUGCAAAUGAACAAGUAAACCAAAGAAGAAAAAGAGGAGGAAGAAGAAGAGUAGGCAAAAAAAAUCAGAAUUAGUUGGUGCUUCCAUCAGUUGAGAGAUUCACAGUAUAGAGAUGAAGCAGUAAAAGAAAAAUCCCUCAUCAGUUUUUACACAUUUUCACGGGUCACAGAACAGGAUUGUCAGUGGCUGUUAUGUUUCAGCUAUAUGAUUGUAUGUGAUUUGCAACAGAGCAGUGGUUGUCUUGGAUGCUACAAAAAACCCACACUAAUAACCUCAGUAGAUGAGCCAUCAAAAGGAUCAAAGAUUCAAGGUCAGACAGUGAAAAAACCUAGCAUAUCAGAGGAUUUCUGGACCACCAGCACUUGUGAUAUGGACAACAGUGCUGUUCAGUCACAAGGAAGCAUGUCAUCGAUCAGCACAAUCAACCAGAUACAUGAUCCGCAUGGUGGCUCCAGUAGCACUAAUGCACCUUCUGAAUUUGUAAACCAUGGUCUUUUUCUCUGGAAUCAAACAAGGCAGCGUUGGGUGGGAGAUAAAAGGUCUGGGAACCUUGCACAGCAGUCUCGGGAACCCAAAUUAAACACUCAUUGUCUCUGCAUCGUUAAAAACUUCUGGCUUUGCUGCAGUUGGAAUGCGACAUAUGACAGUUUACUUGGAAGCAACAAACCAUUCCCUCAGCCAAUUCCUCUAUCUGAAAUGGUAGAUUUUCUAGUGGACAUUUGGGAGCAGGAGGGCAUGUAUGAUUAAGCAGUAGGAAGUACAAGACAAUUGAAGGUUUGUUUAGAAUGGAAAUCCCUGUCAAUUGAUGUCAGAUUAAGAAGCUGCUGAACAAACCGUGGUGUGUAUAUUAACUGUUAACAUUAUUUGUGAUAUGCCCACCCCGGCUUUUGCUUUCCCUCUACAGGCCAUUUUAGACAUGCCCUUUGUAUUAUUGCAUUCAAACCAAUAAAAAACAUCGACUGCCAAUGCUUUUCCUUGGCAGCAGUUUUUGCUUAA